UUGUAGACCCUGCCUUAACAUGGACGCAAGGCUUUAGGCAGCUCGCGGUGCUUCUUCCAGUAUAGAUAUAUUUCAGUGUUCACAGACCAAUGCGAAUUGUGGUGUGUAGGCGGACAGUCUAGUAUGUAAUUCGUGGCAAUCGUACGAAUGAAUCGGCAGCCAUUUUUAAACUGCCCACUUACUAUACAGUACAUAAAAAGGAUAUGGAUAAUGGGCCUCGCGUUACGAGACAGCAAUUUUGAACGACUGAGAUUAAAUAAAGCGUGAUCAUUAGCGUGGAGAAGCGAGGACAGGUCGCGCGCGCGAGAGAGAUAGCAGGACGUCAACAAGUAACGUGACGACGUGCUCAUUGUCACCGUCGUCGUCGUCGUCGUCGUCGUCGUUGUCGUCGUCAUCGUCAGCGGACGAGCAGGCGGGCAUCGGCGAGAGCAAAAGGCUCCGUUCCUUCGCGAAAGUGCGGCUAAACGAACGAACGGACGGACGGACGGACGUUGCUCCAUAACGAACGCCCCUCUUCCCCGCGAGUUUAACGUAACGCUCGUCUGUCAACAUUCAACCGUGCACGGAGUAUGUCUUUGAAUGCCUGGCUUGUGUUUUCCACAGGAAUGCGAACGCGUGGUGCGGCUGACUACGAUCGGUCGCGUUAAAAUCGGAUCGGAGAGCUAAGGGGACGGGAAGAAAAGUAAGGGAGAGAGAGAGAGAGAGAGAGAAAGAGAGUGAGAUAGGAGAGAGAGAAAGAGUCUGAAAAAUAUCCGGAGUUGGCCCGGGCGCGCGCGCUACGAUGUUGAUUCUAACAUGCGAGAGGACGGAUGCAGCAAUCGUAUGUUAAGUUGUCAUAAUAAUGGCAGACAGUGUGCACCGAAAGUCGCACAGGCUGUCAGACGGUAAUAAAAAGUUGUCGAAUCCCGUGCACCGCACCACCACCGAGACGAUCCGGCUGGGCGAGUUAGACAGGCUUCACCAGGCGUCAGCUGUGGCGCCGGGCAGCGUGCAGGCCGCGAGCGGCAACCAGUGCAGCCGGAAGAAGACGUCGUCGUUCCAGAUAACCAGCGUCACCGUAGGCUGCCGCAUGAGCAAUGACGCCGGCGAGGACUCCAACGACGACCUGGACGAGUCGCACACGGAGGACAACUCCGUCGAGCACUCGCGCAUCACCGACCUCGACAUCGAGACGCCGAGCUACUCCGAGGACACCUUCUCCAAGGAGGACGUGUUCUUCAAUACGAGCAGCGCCGCCCUCAGCACCGCCCCGGUGAUCCCCACCAGCUCGCAGUACGGCCUGGCGAUCGUGCCGUCCGAGGGCGGCAACGUGAGCAAUUCGGUCAACGACAGCAAUAUCAACACCUUGGACAUCACGUCCGUCAGCGACAAGCAGGACGCCGAUCUGCGCGACGUUCACUCGCACGGCAGGAACGAGAGGUUUAAAGUGGUGAAAAUCGAGAGCACCGAGCCCUUCAAGAGAGGACGAUGGACUUGUAUGGAUUACCUGGACCACACGUCCGUCAAUCAGCCGACGGCGAUCGGCACCCCCAAAGUGUCCGAUCCGAACGAGGUGUGCAUAUCUUACGGGGUGACCGACAGUGGGAUCGUUAUACCGGAGUCCGCGAAGCAGCAAUCCGUAGUGACUGACGAUAAAGGGAUUAGCAUCGACGCUAACGGCCCGGUGUCGUCCCACCCGGACGCGGUGCACUCGUCGAUCACCGUGUCGAGUAAUCCCGCGCAAUCGGUAUCGAGUGCAAACUAUACGGUAAAUAAUUCGAUACCUCCCAAUGUACAGCAUAAUCCCACGCAAGUUCAGACCCAGGCCAAGGUCCAGCCAUCUGCACAGCAAAUCCCGCAAUACUUUCAGCCUCAGACUCAGUCGAUAGUUACCCAGCCGCAGCAGCAGCAGCAGCAGCAGCAACAGCCACCGCAGCAGCAACAGCCACAGCAGCCGCAGCAGCAGCAACCACCGCCACCGCAGCCGCAGCCACCACAGGGCGGUCAAGGCUCCACGUUACCUUCCAAUUUGCAGGCUACUCAUCCCAACAACUUGGGGCAACCUCAGAGUAUGCCGCAAGGCUCCAUCCCUAUCAUAACGCAGACUAGCAAUAGCGCGGUGACGGCCCAGCAGAGCAUACCCCACUCCAAGGAAGAGACCUACGUGACGGUAAGCACGCAGAAUCAAUCCCUGCCGGUCCAAAACGUCUGCCAGCCGACGGUGCAGCAAACGUCCGCGCCUACCUCUCAGGCUCCAAACAUUCUCGUCACGCAGCAUCAGCCGGAGUCAGCCACCUGCCAGCAGCCCCUGCCGACGCAAAUUUCCGAGCCACUGACUGCCAUACAGGGAAUACAGGGCAUACAGAAUAUCCACAAGGUUCCUCAGACGGCCGGGGCGCCCGUGCAGUCGCAGGUGAUUGCACCAGCCACGCAACAAUUGCCGCCGCCGCCGCAAACGUCCAACGGUAACGCGACGGUGCAGAUCGCGCAGGUGACGGCUGGCUGUCCGAACGUCGUGGGUGGUCUGCAGCAGGGGAGCAUCGCGUUUCACCAGUCUGACCCGGAACAGGAGUCCAUCCCCGGCAUCGUUCCUAACGCCACUACCGUUCAGUCGGCCGACGAGACUCUCCUCGAGUCGCUGGCCGAAGUUACGCAGGGCAGCGACGAGAAUCGUGCUCUCGAGGAUAACGAAAGUAUGUCGGGGACGAGCGCCGUGGCGAUUGAUAACAAGAUCGAGCAGGCUAUGGAUUUGGUCAAAAGCCACUUAAUGUUCGCGGUACGAGAAGAAGUCGAGGUACUGAAAGAGAAGAUAGCUGAGCUUAUGGACCGUAUCAAUCAAUUAGAAGCGGAAAAUUCAAUAUUAAAAGCACACGCGACUCCAGAAACGUUGGCUCAAUUGAGCCAGUCGACAGCAAAAUUAUCCCAAAACAAUUCAGGAAGUGGUCAAUAGGUAACCAUUGUACAUAAGUUUCUAUCGGUACUUUGUCAAGUAAAUAAUGGAUAAUAUAAUUAUUGUAUAUAACUUUACGAUUUUUAGCAAUUUAUAAAUAAUGAGAUUUAUUAUAUA